GAGCACUUGAAUGACUGUUUGGAUUUCGGAGGACGGCCUCUACCUCGCUUUUUCACAGGCGGAUCCCUGGCUGCCUCCUCCUCUUGUUGAGUCUCCUCAUCUCGUGCUGGAGGGGUGUACUGCUCUGUAAGAGGCGGGCUAGCGGGCUGUGGGGAUGCCAUCUUUAUGUCUGAAGAUGAAUCGUACAAUACAUGUCCACACUGCUACUCUUCUAAUCGUAUGGACCUACUGCCCGUCUACCAGUUUUUCCUCACUCAACACCCUUUGGAUCUAAAAAUCUGUUCUCCAUUGUGAAUCUAAUGAAUUGCCCUCUUGCAUAUCCAUACACUUUAUCUCCAGUGCACUUGUUUCAAUCUGCAUUGUCAUGGCUCUGCACGACCCCGCACGGACGACGGGUUUUCCGUGCAAACACUGCGGGCUGGUGUGUCACAACAUGCCCUCUCUACUUGAGCACAUGGACACUCACCUGGAAGAAGAGGAAGAGCACAAAUUCAAAUGCGAGGAGUGUGGGCGUGGAUACAAACACGCCGGAAGCCUUGCUAACCACAAAAAGGCUCACGACGUGGGGUCUUUUCAGUGCAGCGUAUGUGGCAAAGAGAACUCUAAUGCCUUGGCUUUGAAAAAUCACAUGCGGAGUCACACAUCGCAGAAGAAGUACUCCUGUUUACAAUGUGGGAAGGCCUUUCGCCUGGCAACACAACUUGCCACACAUGAGAGGGUUCACCUCACCUUGCAGGCAAAGGAGUGUGGCGACGUGGAGUGUGAAAAAACUGAUGGUAAAGACAUGAUGGAGGUCUUUAAUUCACCAUGUGACACUUCUGACAACGCCGCAGACCGACCUUUCAAAUGCGACCUGUGUGACAAAACAUACAUCCACCACCGCAGCUUGAGCAACCACAAGAAGACCCAUCAAGUGGGAAUGUUUGAGUGCACUGUGUGUUUCAAACUAUUCAACAACAUGGCUGCGCUCUACAACCACCAGAGGACUCACAAGGUCAGAAACAGCAGCAAUAGCAGCUCAGUAUCUGGCUUCUACACCAGCUCCACACUGGAGCAGUUUUCCCCUCAGAGUCACGAUGCUCCUGUCAAUUUCUGCCAUUUAUGUCAGGUUCUAUUUCCAAGUGAUGAUGAGUUCCAGGAGCACAUUCAAAUGCAUAACUCCUCAUCUGCGUCAUUUGGGCUGCAAGAUAACACAGCAGAGAGCCAUAAUGUGAUGUAUGACAACAUGUCUAAAUCAAACUAUUAUGCACCCAAUAUAACUAAUCCUUCCUUGUCACCAGUAGAUAUCACUCAAGGUUUUAAUGGCCACAUGUAUUCAGACUGCUCCAAUAAUCAAACACCUCAGGGUGAACCCUCACUCAUGGACACAAACAAUAUCAUUCCCACUCUGGCACAGAAUGCACCUGAAUCAGGCUCUGUCGAAUCUGACGAGCGUCCCUUCAGGUGUCAGAUCUGCGGCAAAAGAUACCGCCACUCCGGAAGCCUCAUCAACCACAAAAGGUCACAUCAGGUCGGGACUUACCACUGCUCCAUCUGCAAGAAGAGCUAUCCUCACCUGGCUGCACUCAAAAGUCACCUUCGCCUCCAUAAAGGUCAGAAAUGCUCAUUCAGCCUCAACGGGGAGGGGGAUUGGCUUUCGUUAGAGCCUUUCACCCUGGAAAACCAGCAGGGCUGCUUCCCCUCACAGGACGAUGAUGUUGCUAGCCUAGGUGUUGAUCAGGAGAAUGGGGCGAUGUACAGCGAGCAGUUUAAUCAGGAAUUACCUCCAGAUGUGGGCGCACAGCUACAUCACGGUGACCACUUGAUGCAGAGGCACAUGUGUGCUGACUGCUGUGAGACGUUCGCAGACAUUGCUGGGAUUAUUGCUCACAGUUGCCCUUUACUACAACAGCAGCACACCGCGAGUGACGACUGUGGCACCAAUGUGACCUUCCAAGACAGCACCAAUGUGUUUCAUGAACAUAAUGAUGCCAGUCAUCAGGGUUACCUUGAGGAAGACAAUAUGAGUAGCGACCAACUGAACGGUGAUGAAGAAGAUGACGGUGAUCUUUAUCAGUGCUCUAUUUGUGGAAACAGCUACACCAGCAUGAGGGCCCUCAGGACCCAUCUGAGAGGGCACACUCAAUCCCAGUCAGACGCUGCAACCAGCUCAGGACCCUCAUCUAUGUCCUCUCAAGAGGAGGCAAAAGAUGAGGUGUCAGAUGAGAUGAUGAUCUGCAGUGCUUGUGGAGAAAGCUUUGCCUGCAGGCAGGACUUGCUCACGCAUCAGCUUGUGCACAUCAAACAUUCAGAGGACGACGACAUCGGCAAGAGUGACAGGCCAGGAGGCGAGGAGGAAGCGGAGAGUAUCAUCUGCAGUAGCUGUGGCAUUUUUUGCACCAAUUUGCAUCACCUGGAGAACCAUGACUGCGCAGUGAAGAGGAAAGAAGAAGAAACAAGUGUUAAGGAAGAAGAGGUAACAACAAAGGACACACAGCGAGAAGACACAAACGACGUCAAGGUCAACAUUGAGGCUUCUGUAGAUCGUCAGCACAGGUGUGAUCAGUGCAGCCGCUCAUACAGACACGCCGGCUCCCUCCUGAACCACAAGAAGUCACACAAGACAGGUGUGUUCAAAUGCCACAUCUGCCAGAAGCGCUUCUACAACCUGCUGGCUCUUAAAAACCACCAGAGGUCGCACUUUGAUGUCAAGAGGCAUACUUGUCAUGAGUGUGGAAAAGCCUUUAAAAUCCAGAAGCAACUUUUCAAUCACCUCAGGAGGCACAAGGAGAACCGAGCCAAGAUCCAAGAACUGAACGACCAGAUCCAGGCCCUCAUGCAGUUGAACAGGAGCAAGUUAGAUGAAGAUACCAGAGAAACGCAGGAACAAACAAGGCCCGACACCUGGGUUAAAUCAGAGAACGCAGGUGACCAGCGACCUUUUGCAUGUGAGCAAUGUGGGCGCACGUAUCGCCACGCAGGAAGUCUGGUCAACCACAGGAACUCCCAUAAAACAGGCCAGUAUUACUGUUCUGUUUGCAACAACGCUUACUCCAAUCAGCUGGCAAUGAAGAACCACUUACGCACUCACUUUGCCAAUAGAAAGCAUUCUUGCCAAAAGUGUGGGAGAGGCUUCAGAGGAAAGAAGCAGCUGUCAGUCCACAUCUGCGCCGACUCCCGAAAGGGUGGGAGGCGGAGCUUGAGGCAGAGAGCUUCAAAGUGCAAACAAUGUAAACAGACGUUUCCUUCUGCUGACCAACUGGCGGCCCACGCCUGUGGGAGAUCUCCAGGAAGCGCUGAUGCACAAGGAAAAGAGGAGCGGACGUUCUCGUGCAACAUAUGCCAACGCAGCUACCGCCACGCAGGCAGCCUCCUGAACCACAAGAACACCCAUAAGACAGGACACUUCGUCUGCACCUUCUGCUCCAAGCCCUUCACCAACCCCAUGGCGCUGCGCAACCACACGCGCAUCCACACGCAGAAGAAGAAGUACGCGUGUGUCACAUGUGGGAAGGCCUUCCGUCUGGCCAGCAUCCUUCACAACCAUCAAAAGGUGCACAGCCGAGUAGACGGACACUUCAGCUGCUCGGCAUGCGGGAAGACCUUUCAGGGAAGGUCCGGCCUUAAGAGGCACCGUUGCAGGAGAGGUGAAGGAAGCAGCAGCAUCCAGCAAGGCGAGAACCUGGACAAGUGCUUCGCGUGUGACCUCUGCGGCCGCUCCUACCGCCAUGCCGGCUCUCUCCUCAACCACAAAAAGACGCACUCGGAAAACCUCCACCACUGCACCCUGUGUCUGCAGACGUUCCCGGACCCCCUCACUCUACAGAUCCACUCCCAGAUGAGGCGCCAUUGCUGCCCAGACUGCGGCAAGACCUUCUGUCUGAUCUCGCACCUGCAGAGCCACAUGGAGGCGCACUCCAAGGAGCGCUCCAGAGAGUGCCAGCCGCACGCGGUCAAAGGCAAACCUGAAGGACUCAGCUGGGACUUGGAGGAUUCCAAGGAGGUUCCCCCGCCUUUAUCCCAUCUUCCUGACAGCAAUGUGGCUGAGAAGGGUGAGAAGAGCCACGUGUGCGAGCACUGCGGCCGCACGUACCGCCACGCUGGCUCCCUCCUCAACCACAAGAACAGCCACAAGACGGGCUCCUUCUCCUGUGCCGUGUGCUACAAGGAGUUCACCAACCUGAUGGCCCUCAAGAACCACCGCCGCAUUCACACGGAGCCCAAGCGCUACCAGUGCCUGGAGUGCGGCAAGGCCUUCCGCGUGUCCACUCAGCUCAUUUGUCACCGCCGGAUCCAUAGCAAAGAGAGGCCCUUCGCCUGCUUGCUGUGCGACAAGAGCUUCUCCAGCAAGUCCAACCUGAGGCACCAUGAGAGGAUGCACCAGAACCAGCAGUCCUAUGACUCCACGCCUUUUAGCUGGGAUGCUAACACCUUCAUGGACUUGGACAUGGGCUCUUUCCUUUGAAGAAGAUUCUUACCUCCAGUGUGGACUGAAUGUUUUCUACAAGAACUCCACAGAUUUGACAUUUGGACAAACAACCAAAGCCAUCUGUGAAGUGCAGCCCAGUGCCUCGCUAAGGAAACUAUUCUAUGGACUAGCAAACCUCUUGACCUCAAAUACCUCCUAGUUUGUUGUUUGAGACUCACAUGAAGUGAUUUACUCGUAAAUAGCUAUUCUACUAUUACCAGAGUACUACUAAUUACUACCCUUCAAGUUCAUGUUUGGUGAUAUUGUAUGCUGAAAGCAACUUAUUUAUUUAUCUACUUGUAUGUUUAAAGUAGGACUUUGUAUGAGUGUUGGGGGGGGGGAUCUUUUCUGUCGUCUUUAAGGAAUUUUGGCAGGAAUGAAUGACAAAUCAGCACAACAAAAACAGAAAUCUUCAAACUCAAGUUAUGUUGUUGUUUUCAAAACAUCAUCUAUUUAUUUACAUGUGACAAAGCAAGAGUCCUAUUGUUUUUGGAUGAUGAUUGAGCCAUCAGAAAUCAUUGGUACAUUUCAUGUAGUACAAUAGAGUUUUCUUCAAAGUUGCGUGGACUUUUGUUCUCUGCAAGCACGUAAAUGAUUUGAGGUGAUAGCCAACACAAGAUGGCUAAAGUGUGCUAAGGUCACUCUUUUCAACGGACUUUCUUCAAAGUUUCAGGGUUUAUUAGUCUUUAAAGGUAACAUUGCCACAGUCAAAAGACAUGGGUGUUUUCAUUUUUAACUGAUUUCGCUCUACACACAAAUGCAGUAGUUUUGUGGUUUCUGACCAAGCGUUACACACAUUUUAUGUAUUUUCUAUAUAUAUAUAUAUAUAUAUAUAUAUAUAUAUAUAUAUAUAUAUAUAUAUAUAUAUAAAGAAAAUGCAUAAAAUCCAUAAAAAUUAAGUGCCAGUAUUUAAAAAGUCUUAAAGGUUAAGGUGGAACACACCUUUUAAAAUACCAUUGUUUGUGGUUGUAUUGAAAUAUAAUGAAAUAUUACAUCAUUUAAUUUUUUUAUUUAAAUAUAAUGAAAAUAUACAUUUCCAUAACUAUACUGAACAAAACCAUUACUUUUCAAGAAAAGCUGACCUAUAACCUGAACAUUUCAAUUUAAAAAAUGUAAAAAUAUAUACACGGUGGUGUGUGUUCUAUUUCUAUAUUAGUUGUAGUUUUUUUUUUAUUACUCAAAAUAGUCAUCUUGACCUGAGAAGACAAAUCUGAAUAUUAGAUUACAGUAUAAGACCACCCCUCUUUUACAAAAAAAUUAAAAUUUAAAGACAAAAUAAUGUUUUUUUUUUCUUUUUGUUCUUUUCAGUGAAAUCAAAAAUACUUGUUGUCACUGCCGGUCACAGGUGUGUGGGUGAGUGGCCGGUUCGCCACCACCUCUUGGUUUGCAUGUAUAAAUCUAGAGCAUGAAUAUAAGACCACCCGGCUUUUUUCUAGAGCAAAAAUAUGCUCUUCUAUUGGGGUUAAUACAGCAUUUGCACCAUCACUAUGUCAAAGCACAAUUAGGACUAAUCUGAGACAAAUGUCCAAGUUCUGCUGUCUGCCUCAGCAAUUUUCUUUUUAUUUAACAUAUUCUGACAUUUCUUUUCCUGCCUUAUUUUUGCCACUGCUUGUACGUAUGAAAUACCUCGUUGAAUGCUCCGACAGUGAGCUGUAUUGUAUAAGACGCUGUAAACUGACAUUUCUGUUAUCUGGCUUUGGAGAGCUUCAGUUUGCAGCAUGAUUGUAUUUGCACAUUUGCUUUAGGCCAGGAAAGAAAGAAUGCAGCCAACAUGUUUUGUUAUAUGCUCUUCUAUUGAAGCAAUAUACUCACCGUAUUGAAGACUGUUAAUGUUAUUUAUGUAAAUUCACUGGAAUAUCAUGCAUUCACCUUGGUAGCCUACAUGCAAAGCAACAAAUGCACAUUAAAACUAAUGUUUAGUUAGGUUUUUUUAUGUUCCACACACUCCAUGUUACUUAUAGUUAUGUCACAAUAGAAUGAAAUAUCUGCUUGAGCUUUGUACAUUUUAUCUUCUGUAGAAUAAAACUGCUAGAUUAUUGUGUAAUUUUAAAAAAUAGCCAUGUAAUGGAUUUCUGCUCUGCUCGGUUUUGAAGUCAUAUUUCUAUAACUAUUUUGUCACUGAAGUGUAGAUUUCUACUUCAUUUAGAAUAUAAGCAACCACAUGGUGAUUAAAAGACUGCAAAUGGAUGUGUCUCUCGUCUAUAUUUCCCACCCCCACUCACCAGCCAACCACGAGCACGGUUGUCACUUUUAUUGUGAAAAUACAUUUGGUACUAAAAGCAAUAGUAGGACUGCAUUAGGUAAAAUAAGCCAGUGCAUGUACAGUACAUUAUAUACAUUAAGAAAUAGCAAAAAAAGAAAAAAGUGUUAACAGGAAGGAGUUAGUAUAGAAUCACUACUAGAAGGCCUGGUAGAAGUUUUAACAAAUGAAAAUCUUCACUAUAAAUCCC